UUAAGCUUCCGAGGAACCACCAAAAAUAAAAAUAAUUAAUGUUUCCUUUUUUUUUAAUAGACUUUUCAUUCUCUCAUUAAUCCUGGUUGACCCAAUUGUGCAAUUAAUUUCCAAGAAGACUAUGCUAUUAUUGUUGAACAAACUGUGUCAUAAAAUCAAACAGAAUAGAAUACCCUGUCAUGGCAUUUCUUUUUCUCCUCUUUCUUAGGUUAAAACUGAAUUGAGUGAUUUUAGAAUGACCCAAUCCAACUAAUGUUAUGAUCACUUGGGAACAUUGGCAGAAAAGAAUAUGCAAUAGUGGUGUUGUUUGUUCAUUUUGGUCAAAUAAAUAGUAUCUGGGUACCCAAAAAAUAUUGUAGUUGGUAAUAUGGGGUAUCCCAAUUCAGUUUCUUCCUCUUCAGGCCAGAUUCGUGCUUCUGAUAAUGCACUUGUCAGCGGUGGAGGUCAAAGUCACAAUGGAAAUUUUAGCUAUGGGUAUGCUAGCUCUCCUGGCAAGAGAUCUUCAAUGGAAGAUUUUUAUGAGACAAGAAUUGAUGGUGUUAAUGGUCAAGUUGUUGGCCUUUUCGGAGUUUUUGAUGGUCAUGGUGGUGUCCGUGCUGCUGAAUAUGUCAAGAAAAACCUGUUUAGUAAUUUGAUCAGUCACCCAAAAUUCAUUUCUGACACCAAAUCAGCAAUAGUUGAUGCAUAUAAUCAUACCGACUCUGAAUUUCUAAAAUCCGAAAAUAGUCAUAACAGAGAUGCAGGAUCAACUGCAUCCACUGCUAUUCUAGUUGGUGACCGCUUGCUUGUUGCAAAUGUUGGGGACUCUAGAGCUGUUAUAUGCAGGGGUGGAAACGCCAUUGCUGUUUCACGAGAUCACAAGCCAGACCAAACGGAUGAGAGGCAAAGAAUUGAAGAUGCUGGAGGCUUUGUUAUGUGGGCUGGGACUUGGAGAGUUGGAGGUGUUCUUGCUGUUUCUCGUGCAUUUGGUGAUAGACUCCUGAAGCAAUAUGUUGUUGUUGAUCCAGAAAUUCAGGAAGAAAAAGUUGACAGCUCCCUUGAAUUUCUUAUUCUAGCCAGUGAUGGGCUAUGGGAUGUUGUCACAAAUGAGGAAGCUGUUGCUAUGAUUAAACCAAUUCAGGAUGCUGAGGAGGCAGCAAAGAGGUUGAUGGAAGAAGCAUCACAGAGAGGGAGUGCUGACAAUAUCACGUGUGUUGUUGUUCGUUUCUUGAUGAACCAAGGUGCUGCUUCUCAUAGUAGCUCUGGGGGUAAGCAACAGUCAGUAGGAGGUUUGCGUACAUAGGCAAGUUAUGGAUCCAAAGAUGGGAGGACUUGCCAAAAAUCAUGCAAGAGUUGAAAAUAAAUUCCAACUUGUUAGGGUCAUUUUGCAUAAAUCUAUUCAUUGUCUCACUUUCAUAAUUGAACCUCUAUUUGGUAGGUAGGAAACCUGUAUAAGGAAUGUGGCUAGAGUUCUCAUUGCACAUGCUGCAUGUAAACAUGGGUCUUUAGUCCAUCUAGUUUCCUUAGGGUUGUUUAUUUCUGUUCCAUUGAAUAUUAUUUGUCUAUGUGAAUUGUGGUUUCUAUCAAGUGUAAUCUAUAAAUAUAAGUAACAUUGAUUUC